GAUCUUGUACCUAGCUUGGCCAAUUACAAUCAGUAUCAUCUCUUGAUAGUCUUUCGAUAGAUUCUUGUACCAAUCCACUAAAAAAAGCAAAAAAUAUAUACUCUAUCACUAUGGCUCCAGCCGCAACUUCAACUAUCGCAGCGGACGAACUUAAUCUCGACUCAACGCCUUCGCGAAGUCCAACUCCUACACCGCAAGAUGUAGAUGCCCUCGGCCAAAUAGAAACACAAUACGUGCUCCCACCCCUUCGUACACUCUCCGAAGCCGAAUACAUAGGCGUCUUACGUUCCAUUGGUGCUACGCGCCCAGACAAUCCAUCGCAACCAGUUGAAAUAGCUUCUGCUUCCCCUCUCUUCUCGUAUCGGCACUUGCCUAAUGGCCUUUAUAAAGAUAUUGUCCAAACACGUCAGAAAAGCCAACUGGUGUACUAUCUCUCUAGUACCUUUUAUAGUCUUGCAUUAAUCCUUCAGCUUCUCUUUGGAGCUGUGUUGACUGCUCUCGGAUCUUCCUCUGCCGCAAAAUAUGGACUUGCGAUCACUAUAUUAGCGGCCGCUAACACAAUCAACGCGGGUUUGAUAGCUCUGUUCAAUAAUACAGGAAUGCCGGAUAGGUUCCUGAAUGAUUGGAAUGAAUUCGAGGAUGUUGAGAUGUUUGUGAAGGAGUUGAUCGAAACGGGUUUGGUGGAUGCAGAUAAAACUAAAGAGCAAGUGGUAGCAGGCUGCUUUGUCAGAUUUCAGGCGGCGAAAAUGACUGUUAGGAAGAACAAACCAGCGAGCUAUAAUGCGACGACGAAGGAAAGUCAGAAAGGGAGAUAAUUUUUACAUAUGUGGGUUGGAAAGAUGACAAUGCUAUUGCUUGAGGGUUGCUUUUUUGGCA